CGGUGCAUGCCGGGCGGCCCUUUCGCGCCGUGACGCUGCAGAUAGCAGGCCGGCGCCGCCGCUCCUGCCGCCGCUGCCCCUGCGCCCCGGGAGGAUGGUGGGCGUCAAAGUGAUCGCGAACGACACGGAGUUUCAGCCCGAGCUCGGCGCCGCUGGAUCGCGCUUGGCCGUGGUGAAGUUCACCAUGCGAGGGUGUGGCCCUUGUUUAAGAAUAGCCCCAGCUUUCAAUGCUCUGAGCAACAAAUACCCCCAGGCAACUUUUUUGGAAGUAGAUGUGCAUCAAUGCCAGGGAACAGCUGCUACCAAUAAUAUAUCAGCAACACCAACGUUUCUUUUUUUCCGAAACAAAGUGCGAAUCGACCAGUAUCAGGGAGCAGAUGCUGCGGGUUUAGAAGAAAAAAUCAAACAGCACCUGGAGAACGAUCCUGGAAACAGUGAAGAUACAGACAUCCCAAAAGGAUAUAUGGAUUUGAUGCCAUUCAUCAAUAAAGCUGGCUGUGAAUGUCUUAAUGAGAGUGAUGAGCAUGGAUUUGAUAAUUGUUUACGUAAAGACUCUACCUACUUGGAAUCAGACUGUGAUGAGCAGCUGCUUAUUACUGUAGCUUUUAGUCAACCUGUCAAGCUUUAUUCUAUGAAGCUUCAGGGACCAGAUAAUGGGCAAGGUCCAAAGUACAUAAAAAUCUUUAUCAACCUUCCCCGAUCUAUGGAUUUUGAAGAAGCAGAAAGGAGUGAGCCAACUCAAGCCUUGGAGCUCACACCAGAUGAUAUUAAGGAAGAUGGUGUUGUCCAGCUUCGCUAUGUAAAAUUUCAGAAUGUUAACAGUGUAACUUUGUUUGUCCAGUCCAAUCAUGGUGAUGAAGAGACAACAAGAAUUACGUACUUCACAUUUAUUGGAACUCCAGUCCAAGCAACAAAUAUGAAUGACUUCAAGCGAGUGCAGUUUGCAGAGUUGGACAUUGGAAGGAGACUUGGUAAGGAAUAAGGUUCCAAUAAGGAGUAACUGAAAAUCAGGUGACUUCCAGGUUUCUUUAUAGGUUCGAGCUGCACUGUAAGGUAAAUGCUCUCAAUGAGCUACACAGCAAGGAAAUGGCAGGGGAAAUGGGCAGACUUGUGUGUGAGCACCCCGUAUGUGUCUCCUCACUGUAUCUGAUGCCGUGUGCUAAGGUUGAGUGCUUGGCAUAUAACACCUGUUUUGAAGUGUGGUCUGUUCUGCUGCAGUUACUGUCUUCUAACUUCUCAAAGUGAGACUGCUGCUUUGCUGUCUGUAUGAGUGCUAAAGACAAGGCUUCUUGUGUCUGGCAUCCCUCUUCACCUUUUGGAGGGGCUUGCAGCUGCUGCAGUAAUGCAUGAGUAAAUGCAUUCACCGAGUUGGAAGUUCAGUUGCACUUGUUUAUUUUUGAGACUUACUUUUAAAAACACGUGGCAGGACGUUCUUGGUUAAGUAUUACUUCUGGGUUCUUUUUUUCUCUC